CGUGCUAAACUCCGCCAGGUUUAGCACGAAGCGGUACAAAAACAAGGCUCCCCUUUAGGGACGAUCCGUACUAACUAUGCUCGAGGUCGUUCUGCAUUUUCCCUUCUUUUGUUUUUUUAGUGUUGUUGGCGCAGCUGAGACAUAGCUUUUCUGUGCACUUAUACGAAAAACCCAGCUCGGAUCCAGGCAGUUUGGGUUCGGUGUGACGGAUUUCGGAUAUAAGGCUUUCAUUUUUGGACCGCAUCGGCAACAGGACGUUCAAGACAUCAUGACGUCUCUGAUUCGCUGGGGCAUCAUUGGCUGUGGAAAUAUCAGUCAUGAUUUUGUAACUGCCGUGCGAAGCCUAAAGGCUGAAGAAAAUCAAACAGUUGUAGCUGUGGCCGCACGAUCCUUGGAAAAUGCUAAGAAAUUUGCCGGAAAGCAUCAGGUUCCAAAGGCAUACGGCUCGUAUGCUGAGAUAAUGGACGACCCCGACAUCGACGUGUAUUACGUAGGCACGGUACAGCCGACACACUUCGACGUGGUGAGUCAGCUGCUAAAGGCACGACGGCCCGUGCUCUGCGAGAAGCCGCUCUGCAUGACCGUCCGCCAGACGCAGGAGCUCGUCAACCUGUCUUACGAGAAAGAGACGUUCCUGAUGGAGGCCGUAUGGACGCGGUGCUUUCCGGCGGUGCGCCGGCUGGUGCAAGAACUGGAGGAUGGCAUCAUCGGCGACGUACUGCACGUGUCCGCCACCUUCGGCAUCGCCACCGAGCCCGACAGCCGACUGCGGAAGAUGUCGCUGGGCGGCGGCUCGGCGCUCGAUCUGGGCAUCUACUGCGCUCAGCUGGUCAACCUGGUGAUGGCCAACCAGCGCUGGAGCCAGCUGCGCACGCUGGGCCACCUGAACUCCGACGGUUGCGACCUGAGCCUCAGCACCAGCGUCACUUACCCGAACCGCCAGCUGGCCACGCUCGUCACCCACUGCGAGGUGCAGCUGCACAACGAGGCGGUCAUCUCAGGCACCAAGGGCAUCAUCAAGUUGGCGCCACCAUUUCACUGCCCGACCGAGCUGGAGCUGCCCUCGGGCAGCGUCUCGUUCCCUCUACCCGACUCGCUGCCCGAUGCCACCUACAUGUACGCGAACUCGGCCGGCUUGCAGUACGAGGCACUGCACGCGGCCGAUUGCCUGCGUAAAGGUCUCAAGCAGUCACCAUUGAUGACGCUCAAGGACUCGAUCCGCACGGCCGAAAUGACGGAAGCGAUGCGCAAGCAGGCGGGUGUGUCCUACCCGCAGGACGACUUCCACUACGAUGACAACACGUUUCACUUCCACCAGGACCGCUGUAUCUAGCGGCCCGACGUGCUGCGCCGGCCGGCGCCGGCCCGCGAGCGCCGCCUGGCGCACUGCGAGACCGGCGACUGGGCCGCACCGGUGGCGCGCUGGGGCGGAGGGCAGAAUGGGCGACACAAAUCCUGGAGGCGUGGCAAAGGUCGUUAAUCGGUCGCCAUUGGAUUUUUUCGGAUUGACCUUUGAGAGGGAUGUGUGAUCUACUAAUGGAUAUGAUUCAGGCCUGCACGAGCGUUGUCCUUCUUGCGUGGGAUGCGGAAAGUGAAGAGCCUCGAUGCAUUCAGAGGCGUAGCCGAUUUUGAUGAGUAGUAUUGAGUAGUAUUAAGUAUUAUUGAGUAGUAGUAAGUUGUGAGUUCGGCCCUUUCUAUGGACUGACUAACGAGUUUCAAACUGCGGUCGCGAGCUACAAACAAUUUUCUCAAGUCGGGAAACGUUUUUUGUUAGGCGCAAUCGGUUGGGAGUUUCGCAAGCCACUAACAUGUGCUCAGGGUUUUGGGAGGCAUUUUCAUACGUGCCGACACUGUAGAAUAGUCCAUGGAACAUCACACGUACCACACGCUGCACAGACGCAUGUGCGAAAUUCUUUUCACUUGCAGCGACCAAGAUGCUCUAUUUUCUACAACUGUAUAUGAUGUGCUGGUGCGUGCGGUACAUGAUAUUGCGCGUUUCACGUGUGAUGAUCUGCUGUUUUCAGCUAUGGUAUCGCGCACUGCGCAAAUUUGUGAAAUUCGUGACAACUGGCUCGUCUGUACGAUGGAUCGGAUUCAUGUGCUGCCCGUCCCAGAUUGUGAAGCACCUGGGAUUGACUCGUGCUGCCAUAAAUUAUGUAAUCCUGCCGUCAUUUUGAUGUCACCAACGUGCUGAUGUUAAACUCUGUGAAUUUACGAGAAAGUACGGCAUCGUGACAUGCGGGCGAGCAGUGGGUGAUGGCACGUAUACAUCUGCAUUGUGCCGAAUAAUAGAGCGGAUAAAUCCA